AACAUGGCGGUGAAGAAUAGCCGAGAAAUAAAAAGGUUACUCCGGUUUUACAUAUUAAAUUAUCACCGAUUGAGGAGAUCAAUGAGCUUUAUCCUAACAUCAAUGGUAUAAAAAAUAGGCCGAUAUACAAAAAAAGUCGUCAGGAGUACAACGAAAGAUUACAAGAGGUGGAAAGACAGAUAAACAUGGUGGCGAGAGGCGGAGGAGAACCUUACAUUACUUUAGAGAAUCGUGUAGAUUUUGAAAAGUUUCCCGAAAAUUUCUCUUAUACUUGUCGUAAUAUACCAGGUCCUGGUGUCCUAAUUUGGCCGGAUCCUGCUUACAUAGUUGCGUGCGACUGUAAGGACAGAUGUAACGAAAAAUGUAGCUGUCCCUUACAUUCAGGAAGUGAAUUUGCUUACGAUUUUAGCGGUAGAGUAACUUUAGCCAGACGACGUCCAAUAUACGAAUGUAAUAUGAAAUGCCCAUGUCGUUCAAACUGUGGUAACAGAGUUGUACAACGUGGACGACAAGUAAGGGUAUGCAUCUUUCGAACGAAGAGGAAAGGUUGGGGAUUAAAGACUCUUGAUUACAUCCAUGCCAAUCAGUUUGUCACAGAGUAUGUUGGUGAAAUUUUGACCAGUGAGGAUGCCGAAGAAAGAGGGCAAACUUACGACCAGAUGGGUCAGACCUAUCUAUUUGAUUUAGACUACAAUGAUGGUGACUGCGUGUACACUAUUGAUGCAUUUCGUUUUGGCAAUGUAGCUCACUUCAUUAAUCACUCGUGUGAUCCAAACUUAAUUGUGUAUGGAGUGUGGAUUGACAAUGUUGAUCCUCAAUUACCCCAUAUUGCUCUGUUUGCAACUCGUGAUAUUCAACAAGGCGAAGAACUAACAUUUGAUUACUUAAUGACAGCUACUAACCAAAGUCCUACAAAAUCCAAGAAGCACACAAGAUGCCAUUGCAAAUCUGCAAAUUGCCGUAAAUGGCUCUUUUGAAAUCCGUUUUUUUCCUUGUAUGUUUGUUUGAAUGUAUGUAUGUUUGUAAAUAAUUUAGGAAUUGUUAACUUGCUGUUCGCCAAUCUUUCAACUCGGUCCAUAUAGAGUUUUUCAACAAUUUAUUUAUUGGAAUACAAUUUUCGAAUUUUACCUUACAGAAUGAUCUGCCAUCUUUAAAAUUAUAGGCAAAUUUUACCAUGCAACAUCAAAAUGGUCAUGCAUGCUUCUAAAUGAAAUUGCGUUAGAUAAUUUUCAUUUUUAUUGACAAACAAACCAUUGGAUAAUACAAACUAAUAUUUGUCACACAAUGUACAAAAUACACUUGCCAUUGUUAAUUAAACAUUAACUAGACAGCA